CAUAAUCUGCACGCCUAUUCCCUCCCCCUUCCGUCUCACCACCACCCACCCACACACACACACACACACACACACGUACCCCUUUACCCCUAUCGCUCUACAUCUCUACUUAGCUAGCUUGCCUUCCCCAUCCCAUUAUUCGUCCCCAAAACCAGAACCCCAUUUCUCAAUUUUCUCCAUCUCUCUCUCUCUCUCUCUCUCUCUCUCUCUCUCUCUGGAAAUGUCCAUAAACCACUUCUCAUCGGACCUCUCAGAAACCCAGUGGUGGAACACCUCCAGUGCUAAUUCUAACCCCCACCAACAAGAUGACUCCUCAGGACACCCCCACAGCAGAACCCAUAUCAUCCACCAAUUUUAUCAAGAUGGUGGCAGCCACCCCCAUCACAGUUUCCAACCCUUGCAGCUCAACUCCCAAGACCCCCCCACUCCCAUGUCCCCCACCCAUUUCCACACCCCUACCACCACCUUCAAUUUCAACCUCAACCACCACGACGCCAUCGAUCCCAACGAAUCAGACCAACUCCAGCCCCCGCCGCCUCAUCCCCGCAUCGACUCCUACGACGAGAAAGAACCCAUGUUCGAGAAGCCCUUGACCCCCAGCGACGUCGGCAAGCUCAACCGCCUCGUGAUUCCCAAGCAGCACGCGGAGAGGUACUUCCCGCUCGGCGGCGGAGACUCGGGCCUCCUGCUCAGUUUCGAGGACGAGUCCGGGAAGUCGUGGCGGUUCCGCUACUCCUACUGGAACAGCAGCCAAAGCUACGUCCUCACCAAGGGCUGGAGCCGGUACGUCAAGGAGAAGCGCCUCGACGCAGGCGACGUCGUUUUGUUCGAGAGGCUCCGGGCCCACACGGAUCGACUCUUCAUCGGCUGGAGACGCCGCAACGCGGUCCCGGCGCACGAUAGCGGUGCUCAGGUUAGCAGAGUAGGGGUUGAGAGCAGCAGUGGUGGUGGCGGAGGUUGGACCAGGAUGUUGUAUUCUGCACCGCAUCACGGCUUGUCUUAUCCUGCGCACCAGCAUCGUCAUAGUGUGGCGCCAUACCCACCUGACUGUCUACAUGCAGCAGGGUCUGAUGUUCAGAAUAUGAACCAAACGACAUCGGUUGGGAACUCGAAGGUACUGAGGCUAUUUGGGGUGAACUUGGAGUGCCAGCAGCAGGCAGUUGAGCACCACGAGUCGGAACCAUCGACCCCAGAUGGCUCAUCAUCGAGUUUGUCGAUGUCGAGCCAGGGUCCGACUCACGGCCAGCAACAAUUGUACGCUCCUGCUGCUUAUAAUUAUGCUGACCAACACAGGGAAUUCACUACUUUCUCCCGAGAUGUCAAACCAACGAGAAAUCGCCGAGGAUAGAGAUCUUCCGAUGUGACGUCCGCUUUUGAAUUGAUUGACUUCCAAAUAUAUAUAUAAUUUUUAUUUUUAACCUCCCACAGCUCACUUGGGAAAAAAUCCCCCAUUUUAAUAUCCAGUCCCCACUUGGGAAAAAAUCCCCCAUUUUUCGAAUACAAUAUUCGAAAAAAUCCCAGAUUUUCAGGUCAUGUCCGGGGCAAUGCAGGAAGAAGGGGUGAGGGGGAACCAGAAGGAAGGUGCUGCAGGUAAGGGGGGAGAGAGAGUAGCUGGUGGGGUAUAUUUAGGAAAAGUAGCAGGGGAGGUGACGUCAUCCUUGUUUCUCCUUCCAUGGAAAAUGGGAAAUUUGCUUGGAGGAAUCUGAUAUGUUUGGUAUUUGGCAUCACUGUUGAGAUUCUGCCUGAAGAUUUUUGAUAAAAUAAUAAUGGAAGGGGAAGGAGGGUACCAGUCUAUCAGAUAUGGUGGUGGUGAUGGAAAAUGGGUGGGUGCACGGUGGGUGGGGAAGUCAGUUGAGUGGGUGCGACUAGACUUUGAAUAGAUGGGUGACAGCAAACCCAAGUGCUUUUGUUUUUUGUUUUAGUACUAGAGAGAGAAGAAAGAGAGAGAGAACCCAUACUCUCCUAAUUUUCUUGUUUAAUUUUCUGAUUAAUCCCAUGUAGCUAGCUAAUUAAGCUCUUGUUUUGGAUGUCUUAAGUCACUCUACUUCUAGAAUUUGAAUAGUAAUGACAAGUUGACAAAGUUUUUGCUGAAUGCAAUUCACUUAA